UCCAACUCUAGCCGCAACAUGCUCAACACUCCCGUUUCUCCUCAUUUUCCCUUCGUUUUCUCGCACCUAAUUCACUUUCCCGGACUCACUCUCUGAUCCGAGUCUGUUUGGUGGGAUGUUCAAAUGGUCUUCUCUGUGUACAGAUUGGUGUCUUCGUUCGAGGGGCUUUUAGGGUCCUUGAAGAUGUUUGGCGGCGGCUGUAGUGAAUCGUCUGCGGUUCGUAGUUCGGUUGUGGUAGGGGUUCGGUAAUGGAUGCUGUAGAAUUGACUUAUCCGGUGGAUGUGGCGGCGCCGAAGCUCAUGGGACCAGACGGCUCUGUCAGAACCGGGGUAACAAUCGAGGAGGUGGAGUUGUGCGAGUCGGAUCGCGUUUCUGCCCCUCCAAGCUAUUCAUUUCAGCAUUUUAGCUCGUACGGUAGUCAAAAAGCUGGGACAAGCUCUAUCAAUGAUGUGGGUUCUGUUUCUUUGGAUAAGAUCCCUGAUGGAGCAGUUUCUAAGGAUGGUGAAGGCACAUCUGAAGAUCUUGAAAGUAGGAACAAAAGAAGUCUUUUGUUCACUUCAAGCCCAGGAGUACAGCAACGUAAAUCAUUAAAGGUGUCGAGGAGUAGUAGUAGUAGUUUAUGUUCUAAGAGGCCACGUGUAGUUCGUUUGGAAGAUUCUUUAUUCUUAAGUGGAGCUGAUGAUGUAAAAGAUACAUCUGAUAAGCUUGGAUCGUAUCUUAAAAAGUGCAGCUCUCAUGAAACAGAGAAAGCUCAAUUGCUGAAACAGAAGAGUAGCCUAAGCAGCAAGCGGGGUGAUAAGAGAAAUCUCAAAGUGUCAUUGAAGACAAAAUUUGAUUCACUCUCUAUAAAUGCUGGAAAUGGCUCAGCUGCAGCAGGGAGCAGUUUUCUUGCACUAUAUGGGCUGAAAUCAGAUGUUCAUGAUUUUACAAAGCUUGUGGAUGAUCCACCGCUGAAUGAUCUUCUUGAUGGCAGUUAUGACUCUGCUAGUUUAAGUAUAGACAAAGGUAAAAAAGACACAAAUGUAAAUGAAUGUUUUCUGCAGUCAGUUAGAAAAGCUUGUUCUGUUCUUCAGCUCCCAUGGCCUGUCCACCCACAAAAUAUUGCGGAGUCAGAGGGCUGUUCUAACAGUAAACCAUCCACAAGUAUAGUGAGUUAUGUUUCAAGCAUGGAAGAAGGGGUGAAUUUUGAUGUAAAAGAACCUAUUGCAACAGAUUCACCUUCAUUAAACAAGGUGCGAGAUGCCUGUAGCAAUUCUGAAACUUUGACCAAUCCGCUUGAUUUUAAGUUGUACAAACCUGAUGACAUGUUUGUGAAAAUGGGCCUUCCCCUACCAAAGGACUUAGAGUCUUUGCUCCAGGAUGCAAGCAAGUCCUCUGUAUCUUCUUCAAAGAAUGUAACAGAUUUACGUUCAGCGAAGCAACAAUCUCGUCGAGCAAUGUUGCAACCAUUUCCAUGGUCGCAUUCUUUUAAUGGACAUUCUAAAUCAAAUUCUGAUUCAUCCAAGUUUUCUGCAAAUAGGACUACAUGUCCUGGUAGGUGGUGGCGAAUUGGGAACUUUUCCAGCAUCCCCAGUGCUACUGCUGAUUGUUUUACGAAAGAUUUGGAAUCAUUGACUUUUAAUCAGAGUUUAUUUCCUUCAACAAUGAGAGUUGUUGGACCUGAUGAUAGAAGGUCCUCGUCUGUAUCUGUUAAUCACCAUCAAUGUGGAUGGGAUUCCCUGUCUUCUGCAAUUUGUUCGAAAGCUUCCUCUGUGCUUGUGGAAUCUCGAGGGAAGACGAAUUAUGAGGCAAAUGAUCAGCAGUGUCCAAAAGUAAUAGCUGCUGCUAAAACUCUGUACGACAUUGCAACUUAUGCUGCAUCAAGGCAGAACAUAGACGGGAUAGUAAGGUGGCCAAAAAAGCCUUCACAAAAGUCCAUGAGAGCUCGCAAGUUGAAAUCAGAGGAAACUGAAGAGUUAUAUGCCGCGCCUACAUAUGGAUUGUGGUCUGACAAUCCGUUUAAGAGUGAGGGCCAUAUGCAUUCCUCAAAGAAGCCAAAGCUAGGAACAACAGAGAGUAGAAGGGACCUUGCUCAUACAAAUUGCAGAAGAGGACCAUUGAAUUGGGCCACACCCAGAUCAAGUAGAUCAUCUCCAAGCAAGUUCGUUCGGGAUUCGGCUUCGGAUGCUAAACAUUCAACCUCCGGCAUUGUAAAACCAUCAUCUAUGAUGCCUCCACCAGCAACAACUCUUUUAUGCAAGGGUGGCGAGGGUCAACAGAAAACGCGAAAACUAAUGCUGAUGGAUUGGAAAAGAGGUGGAGGAACAGGUUAGUUUGAUCAAGAAACUCUAAUUUCAUAUCCCACCAAAGAAUGUGUUUAUUAAAUUAGAAUCACUGCUCUGGCUGGGGUAGUGGCGAAACUGGUUGGUUGUACAUAAUAUUGUUGUAACUUGGUGGAUUGAUUAUUGUAAUGCUCCGUCCUGAAUAGUGACACACGCUUUCUAAUUGUUGUAACAUCAACUUCAUUCCAGAACGCAGUGGCAAAUUCUUUGCCACUGUGUGAAAAAAAAGUAUUUGACGAGGCAAUAGAAAUUUUUAGUUCUUAUUUA